AUGUCCAGAGCAAUUCAGCAUCCCGCACCGCCAAUCGUGCUCGCCGGUUAUCGUCUCAAAGCGGACGACUGGCAGAAGUGGAUGAACUGGCCAUUAGGGCCAAGGCGCACUCUGUUUGGCCUGACGGCCAACACGCAGAACUGGCUGUGGAGGUACCACCCCAGAGUCGCCAUGAAAUUCCGUCUUUACGUUGUUCCUCUCGAUGAUAAGCCGAACAGUCCGGUGGACCUGCUGUUUGUGCCGCUUGGAGAGGAGCCUAGAGUUCGCGGAGUGGAAGAGACGGCGCAGCACAGGGCGCUCCCGCGGGUGCUUAACGAAACGUUCUUUGACGGGGUUGCCCUGGAGUGGUCCAGGGUUGUGGGGGCUGGGCUGGAACCCGUUGAAUGCUAG